UUUUUAUUUAUUUAUUUCAAGUGUUUUAUAUUGAUUCAGAUUAAGGGCAUUGACAUUAAGAAUUGUCAGUAUGAGUUGCUUUCAACCUGAAGCACGAUGUUGAUGCCAGUGGUUUCAUUUUUCAGUCUUCUCUCUCUGACUCUAGCGAUUACUGAAGUGGGCCUCAGUGGUCACCUGCUUCUGUUUCCAAUCAAGACUAACACCAGCUUUGUUAAACUCACUCCUGAAGAGCCACUGAGUCUUUCAGCGUUUACUCUCUGCAUGCGUGUGGCGACAGAGCUCCAGGGUGACCGGGAGAUCAUUCUGUUCGCUUACCGCACGCCCGAGUUUGAUGAACUCAACGUGUGGAGACGUGAAGAUGGUUGUGUGGCCUUGGUAAUUCAGUCUAAUGGCGAAGAAGCAUUUUUCCAUCUGCCUCCUCUCUCCACCUUCCAGACUCACCUGUGUGUCACCUGGAGCUCUGCGUCUGGUCUCACUGCCUUCUGGGUGGAUGGACGUCGCAGUUCGUUCCAGAUCUAUAGAAAAGGUUACUCAAUCCGUACUGGUGGCACUGUCCUGCUCGGCCAGGACCCUGAUAGAUUUCUGGGUGCCUUUAACGCAGAGCAGAGUUUUGUAGGAGAAAUUGCAGAUGUGCAAAUGUGGGACUAUGUUCUCCCUGGCAGUCAGAUUAGGGCAGUUUAUUCAAACCAGGAACCGUAUGUGCCAAAGGGAAACGUGUUCGACUGGAACACCGUGGAAUAUGAGAUUAAUGGAAAUGUGCUAGUGGUGCAAAUUAACUGAUUCUGAUCAGGUGUCACAUCUCACACCGGCUCAUUCACGCAGUUAUGUCAAAUUCUAUAAUCUAUUCAUCUGUUUUAAUGAUUUUCAAAACUGUAAGGGCCAACAAGUAAGCUAAUGGUUCACAAAAGUAACCAGUAAAAGCUCUCUGCAUUACAA